CAUCCACAUCAAUUUAUUCCCACUCCGAAUUUCAUCCACAACUGAAAUAAACAUACCUAUAACGUAUUUAUUUGUGUACAUAUCUAAUAUAUAUCAUCCUUACCACGGUUCAGUGGCACGAUGAGUCUAAAGGAACUCAAUCUGACGAAGGAGCAGAUGCUAAAGCUUCAGCAGAUACUGGCAGAGGAAAUAAAGGACGAAAGCCAGCAGGAUCAGAGGGAUCUAUCGAAAGAAAGGAACAUAGCCAAGGCCCUGGAUAAUGUGCAAGUCUAUGUCGAGGCUGGUAAGCCAGAGGCUUUUGUCCAGCUAGAACAACCGCUUCUGCACAAAUUUGAGAUCACACCCAAUGGAGUGGCCACUGGGUCUUCGGAAUCGAAUAUGUUCAAGCGGGCAGACGCCAAGGAAAUUGAUCGCUGGAAAUCGGACAAUGUGAUGAAGUUGGAUUGCAUUUCAGACGAGGACCGCGAGCAAUUAGGCCAGAUUCAAUUCGACGAAAGUACUGGCGAAACGUACAUGCUCGUGCCUAUGGAUAUAAACAUACUCAUCGACGAGUCCGACAUAACUCCAGAUGCUUCCACAAAGCGUAUCUCUGAACAGGACGCAUACCAGAAGGCGAAAGCUGGACACACCCUCUACAUGACCCACGAAAACAAGGGACAUGGCCUGGAUCAGAAUCCUCAAGCUAAACAGACUAGCCCGGCUCCGCCAGAAAAUCAGGCCAACUACGACUACCACGUGCACACUUUCGAGGUGCCCAGAUUGAGUUUUCCCUUUGAACUCAAGUUCGAACCUGAUGAGGAGAAAUUGGAGGCUGACAAAGUGGUUAAAUCAGGCGAGGUCCAGGAAAAUCCUGAUCACGACGCAAAUCUAGCAUCAUCUAUGCAUCAGGACGUCCAAAAGAAGUAAAGGGAAUAAAGUGCAUCUAGCUGUUCAACGUCAUGAAGAAAACCAGCAAAAUUACUAACUAGUUUUCCAAACUUUGUCCCUCUCUUUGACUAAAUCAUUCAGUAUCCCCCUG